AUGAAACAGCUCAUAGACUCCCUCACCACCCACCGCGUCAACACUCUCACCGAGCUCCGCCGCAUCGAACAGAUCGCCGCCGCCUGUGAAAAUGAGGCCGACGCCCGUGCCUUCCAGGAACCGAUGACCAGUGCCUGGCUCUACUAUGUGAACAGCAACCAGUUCUUGACCGAACUGCGCGGGCUGACGCCCAACUACCCGUUUAGCGGAGACGUUCUGGCCGACGCCCAGCAGCGCGUGCUCAGUGACCCCCUGAGCAACCGAAGCUGGAACAUGGCGUGGCUGUGUCUGUCCAAGAUUCGCAACGACGGGCUGAUUCCGCUGUACGCCGUGGCCGAGGCCAACAAACCGGAGAUGUGGGGUUCCUAUGACGCCUGCGGCGAGUCUGAUGAUGGUAGCUGCCAGGUCUACCAGCCACAGCCGGAAGAGCUCGCGCAGCUGGCACAGUGUUUCGAGUACGAGUGGACAAAGGCCGUGACGACGUUGCUGCGGCACUGGUCAACGCCACCGACGUGGUAUUGA